AUGUGCGAAGAAGGCUUCAACUAUUGGGAGACAUCAUUCAUGUCCAACGAUGAAGACGCAGUGGAGCAAAUGGAGAGGCGGUUCCAUCAACUGGUGAUCGAUCCCAAGGCCAAGGGCCCAACUGGCACCGCGAGUGAGCCUAAGAAGAAACCCAGGAAGGAGUUGGCAGAGAAGAGAAAGCGAGAGCUCAAGGCCUUACUCUCAAACUAUCCCAGGCUCCCAGACAACUUUAUCCUGAGCUCCAAGCUCAUCCCCAAGGUCCGACUGGAGACAUUGGACAUGUCAAUCCCAAAACUACCCUCGUUGGUUGUUCAGAAACGACGCGACAUGACACAAGCGAAGCCCAAUAAUGAUAUUAUUGAUACCGACAUGAUUGAAUCUAUCAAGCGUGAUGGCAAACCAACAAACACAGGACCACCACCAAGCCGUCCCACACUGGCGACUAAUCAGCCCAACCCCGCCAGACUGGUCCAAUAUGGCGCAGACCUGUUGGAGUUCGCAAAGGGAGCAGAACUCCAAGAUUUUCAACUUAUUGCACUUAAGAGACUAAUCAUCACAGAUGUCGGCACUGUUGAGGCAACAGAGGCAUCCAUUCAAUCUAAGAAUGAAGACAAUCAAAAGAAGACGAGGCUCAUCUCAUCAACGGAUGGCACAAUCUAUUGGCUCAAUGACACAACCAUCAACGACUAUCUUCAAACACUCUGGUCAGAGUCAAUGUUUACUCAACAGUUACCAGUUUGA